AGUGCGCAGACCCGGGCAGCCACGGUCCUGGCUCCUGGGUCUGUCGCACCCAUUUCCCCGGCAUCUUUCUCGGCUCCUGCAGAAACCUUCGGUCUACGAGCCGGUUCCUGCUCCCACCUAUCCCUUCUCGCCGGUACCUCGCUCUGACCACGCAAGCCACACGCCAGCGCUCCCGGCCAGAACCUCACCACCAUCACCACCACCACCACCACCACUACAUCCCGCAUCCCCCACGGCUCGACCCCCAUCCCCCCGCCCCCCUCAGGCCCCGCCCUGCGCCACUCCCUCCCCUCACCCCUGCGGCGCGGCUUGCUGCCGCGGUGUCCUGGCAGGGCGCUGAGGUGUGUCGCCGGCGGGUGUCGCAGGGCGUGUCACGAGGUGAGUGGGAAGACAGAGGCCGCGAGCCUGAGCACCAAGGGCGCGCGGUGUUCUUUACCCCUCCCCCUAGCUGCCGGCCGGCGGUUCCUGGGAAGAUGGCGGAUCGCGCGGAGAUGUUUUCUCUCUCCACCUUCCACUCGCUGUCGCCUCCGGGCUGCAGGCCUCCCCAGGACAUAAGUCUGGAAGAAUUUGAUGAUGAAGACCUGUCUGAGAUCACCGACGACUGUGGACUGGGCCUUAGCUACGAUUCAGACCACUGCGAGAAGGACAGCCUCUCCCUGGGUCGCUCAGAGCAGCCACACCCUAUCUGUUCCUUCCAAGAUGAUUUCCAGGAGUUUGAGAUGAUCGAUGACAAUGAGGAGGAGGAGGAAGAAGAGGAAGACGAAGAGGAGGAAGAGGAGGAAGAAGGAGAUGGGGAGGGCAAAGCAGGGGUUGGAUGUGGUUCCGAGGCACUUGCUGGAGAGCCCCUUAUUCCCUCUCCUUCCCUAGAGGAGCCCCACAAGCACCGACCCACCACUCUGCACCUGACUACACUCGGGGCCCAGGACUCCUUGAACAACAAUGGCGGCUUCACCUCUGCACCUCCAUCCUCCUGGCAGGAGACAGUGCUGGGCUCGCCAGCCAAGGAGCCCCUUAAAGAGCUCCCAGCCCCUCUCAUGCCGGCAGAAGAGGAGCCCCAUGAGGUACGGUCUCUGGUACACCCUGGCUGUGACUGUGAAGGGAACCAACCCCCAGAGCCACCAGUGUCAGGUGGGGCCUCGCCUUCCUCUGAUCCUGGGAUUGAGGCUGACUUGAGAAGCCACUCCAGUGGAGGCCACGAGGGUCGGCGAAGUAGUCAAGAGCUCUCGUCACCAGGCUCGGACUCUGAGGAUGCAGGUGGUGCACGCCUGGGCCGCAUGAUCUCGUCCAUUUCGGAGACGGAGCUGGAGCUGAGCAGUGACGGUGGCAGCAGCAGCGGCCGCUCCUCACAUCUCACCAACUCUAUCGAGGAGGCUUCAUCGCCAGCCUCAGAGCCAGAGCCCGAGCCUGAACCACUGCAUGAACCUCCCCGCCGCCCUGCCUUCCUGCCUGUGGGCCCUGACGACACCAACAGCGAGUAUGAGUCCGGCUCUGAGUCGGAGCCUGACCUCAGCGAGGACGCCGACUCGCCCUGGCUGCUCAGCAACCUGGUGAGCCGCAUGAUCUCUGAGGGAUCCUCGCCCAUUCGUUGCCCUGGCCAGUGCUUAUCUCCCGCACCACGGCUGCCAGAAGAGGCUGUGUCACAGGCCAACCGGGUACCCCAGGACUGCCAAGACCCUGAGGCAGUAGCAGGGCCCCACGUGGAGUUGGUGGACAUGGACACCCUCUGCGGUCCACCUCCGUCGGCCCCUGCAGCGCCUAGGCUUGGCCCUGCGCAGCCUGGGCCCUGCCUCUUCCUCAGUAACCCAACACGGGAUACCAUCACCCCGCUUUGGGCCACACCGGGCCGCACGGCCCGCCCUGGCCGCUCCUGCUCUGCUGCCUGCUCAGAGGAGGAGGACGAGGACGAAGAGGAUGAGGAGGAUGAGGACGAUGCGGAGGACAGCGUGGUCCCUCCUGGUUCCAGGAGUACAGGCUCCACUGCGCCGCUGGAUGCCUCGCUGGUGUACGACGCUGUUAAGUACACACUAGUAGUGGAUGAGCACACGCAGCUGGAGCUGGUGAGCCUGCGGCGCUGUGCAGGCCUGGGCAACGACGACAGUGAAGAGGACAGCAGCUGCGAGGCCAGUGAGGAAGAGGCGGGAGCUACAUUGCUAGGUGGUGACCAGCUGCCAGGGGAUGAUGCCUCUCCUGACAGCCCCGACCUCACCUUCUCCAAGAAGUUCCUCAACGUCUUUGUCAACAGUACAUCUCGAUCCUCCAGCACUGAGUCCUUUGGUCUUUUUUCCUGUCUGGUCAACGGGGAGGAGAGAGAGCAGACACACCGGGCUGUCUUCAGGUUCAUCCCUCGGCAUCCAGAUGAGCUGGAACUAGACGUGGAUGACCCAGUGCUCGUGGAAGCUGAAGAGGAUGACUUUUGGUUUCGUGGCUUCAACAUGCGCACUGGCGAGCGUGGCGUGUUCCCGGCCUUCUAUGCCCAUGCAGUGCCAGGUCCUGCCAAGGACCUGCUGGGGAGCAAGCGGAGCCCUUGCUGGGUGGAGCGCUUUGAUGUGCAGUUCUUGGGCUCUGUGGAAGUACCGUGUCACCAGGGCAACGGCAUCCUGUGUGCAGCCAUGCAGAAGAUUGCCACAGCCCGGAAGCUAACCGUCCACCUGCGCCCUCCUGCCUCUUGUGACCUUGAGAUCUCUCUGCGGGGGGUCAAGCUGAGUCUGAGUGGAGGAGGACCUGAGUUCCAGCGUUGCAGCCACUUCUUCCAGAUGAAGAACAUCUCCUUCUGCGGCUGCCAUCCCCGAAACAGCUGCUAUUUUGGCUUCAUCACCAAACACCCGCUGCUAAGCCGCUUUGCCUGCCAUGUCUUUGUGUCCCAGGAGUCUAUGAGACCAGUGGCGCAGAGCGUGGGCCGGGCCUUCCUGGAGUACUACCAGGAGCACCUGGCAUUUGCCUGCCCCACAGAGGACAUCUACCUGGAGUAGCCUGGAGUAGCGCCCACCUCCCUCAGCUCCCGUCGACACAGCUCUGGGUAUCUCAAGGCCACCGUGGCUUGAGCAAGGACUGGAUUGGGGGACAUUUGGAACCUUACAUUGUGGGAGUCUCCGGGCUGGGAACUCUUAUCCUUUAUCCCCAGGUCAUGGCUUUCGGGAGCUGUUGGGGAGAGGAGCCUCAGCAGCCAUACUUUUCUUCUGAAGCAUCUUUUCUCUCUUAUCUUCCUUUGUCCCGUUCCUCCAACUGCCUUCCCUCUGUCUCCCCAACCUCUUUCUGUGCCUGUAGACCUCGCUCUUUGCUCUCUCUUUUGGAGGUGGAACUUGAGGGAGGGGAGUAGGCUCAAGGUAACUGAUGAAGUCAGGUCCCCCAUGGUUCCCUCCCGCCCGUCUCCUGUGAUUUAUAAAUGAAUUUUAAUUUUUAUAGUGAAUCUCAAGGGAUCAUCCCGUCUCUGAUCGCAGGAAGGGACCCUAGCCCCCACCCACAGGAGCUCAGGGGAAAGAGGGAGGGGUUUCUAAGAGAACCUUCGGGCAACGAGGUGGUUCUUGAUGCUCACCCAAAGCCCCCAAUGCUGCUAGGAGGAGGGCACCCUAAAGGGUGCUCCCAACAGGUCAUCUGCUUUGCCGCUAACACCCCUGCAGUCCAGCGAGUGAGUAUCUGCCCUGCGUACGCCACCUGCUGUGUACGUGGGCCCCGCCCACAGCCUCAAUAAACUCUGCUUGGUGUGA